GUGUUGCAGGCAACAGACGCCGCGACAUCGCCGCGAACGCAAGGACAUUAGAAUUUCUCGCUUUUCAAAACGUUUGCCUUUCUCCAAGCAUGAGUCAGCUGCACGUCAGAGGGGGUUAUCCCCUCAGGGGAACUAUCCGUAUCCCCGGUGCCAAGAACGCAGCAUUGCCUUUGAUGGCCGCGAGCCUUCUGACCACCAAACCAGUCCGUCUCACAAACAUCCCUAAAGUAACCGACGUCAACGCCAUGGCAGUCAUUCUGCAAUCUCAUGGGGUCGCUGUGGAGUGGAGACCGGACGAUAGUCUCGUUCUUGAUGCUCGCAAUGCGCAAGGGAUACCAUCAAUCUCUAGUACGUAUGCGCCGAUUCGUAGCUCUAUUUUCACUCUUGGUCCCGCCAUGGGGAGAUUUGGUGAGGCUAUGAUCCAAGUGCCCGGAGGUUGUCAAAUUAGCCAGGGUGGCCGUCCAAUUGACCUGCAUUUUUACGCAAUGCGCAAGCUAGGAGCCAUCGUGGACGAGGAAAGUGGUCUUGUGAAGACCAAUGGCAAUCGUUUACGCGGAGCACGCAUCACAUUCGACAAGGUGUCCGUCGGCGCAACAAUAAACGCGCUGAUGGCGGCUUGCCUUGUGCAGGGGAAAACGAUUCUCGAAAAUGCGGCCAUGGAAGCAGAAAUCGAUGACUUGGUGUGCAUGCUGCGAAAGAUGGGAGCCCAGAUUGAUAAGAAUCGCGAUACAAAGACAUGGUUUAUCACCGGCGUAAGCAGUCUUCAUGGAGCAGACCACGGAGUGGUGCCGGACCGCAUCGUUGCCGGGACGUAUGCUGUAGCUGCAGUCAUGACAGGAGGAGAAUUAACGUUGACACUUGGCCCUUGCCCUGUCCCUGCCUUGAUGGGAUGCGUGCUGACAUGCCUGAGGGCUGCAGGAGCAGAGGUGAUGGAGUUAGCGGAAGGCAUUAGGGUGCGCGGUGGAAGACGGCCACGCUCAGUGUCAAUCACCACAUCCCCAUACCCUGGGUUUCCCACUGACAUGCAGCCCCAGUGGAUGGCUUUGAUGUGCAUGGCGCAAGGGUCUUGUGAAGUGAAGGAAACGAUUUUCGACCACCGAUUCCAGCAUGUCAAAGAGCUCAGAAAGCUGGGUGCGAAUCUGGAAUGCACAGGCAAGAACGUGGUUCGCGUUCAAGGAGUCGAUCUAUCCUUGAUGCAGCCUUCACUUGUCCAGGCAACGGAUCUUCGUGCCGCUGCAGCUCUACUUCUUGUAGGUUUGGCAAUACCAGGCGAAACCGUUAUUCAGGAUAUUCAUCACCUCGAGCGCGGAUACGAGGAUGUCGUCAGAGUUCUGAGCGCUUGUGGCGCCCGUUUGGAAAAGAAAACCGCCCCUUGAGGAAACCGGAUAAAACGUUCAGUUAGAACAGAGGGCUUGCUUUAGGCUAGGAAAAGUUGAACUUUUAGAUUCUGUGUGCUUAUUAAUCAAAACCAGGAACUGUGUUUUCGUAAAAUAAACAAAAAUUUUGGUA